GCGGCGGCAGCUCCCGCCUGUGGGGAGGAGAAGGAGCCGGAUGGGCGGGUUCAGGCGCGCGCGGCGGCGGUGCCGGGGCCGCCGGCUCCUCCCCGCGAGGGUGCCUGUCCGCCGCUCGCCGCGCUGAGGCAGUGCGGGGCGGGCGCGCCUAGGCUGCCGCCCAGCGCCCUCGCCGCGGCCAUGCCCGGGCCCUAGAGCGCCUGCCGCAGCCUGCGCCCCGCAGCCCCGCGCCCGCCGCCGCCUCUUCAAUGGGCAACCUGCUCGGCGGGGUCAGCUUCCGCGAGCCCACCACCGUGGAGGACUGCGACUCCACCUGGCAGACCGACUCGGAGCCCGAGCCCGAAGAACCAGGGCCGGGCGGCGGCAGCGAGGGCCCGGGGCAGGAGCCCGAGCAGCCCGCGCAGCCCCCGGAGCAAGCCGGCGGGCGGCCCCGCGUCAGCCCCGCGCCGGACGAGGACGCCGAGGCGGCGGGCGCCGAGCAGGGUGGUGAUUCCACUGAAGCAACUGCCAAACCAAAGAGAAGUUUUUAUGCUGCCAGGGAUUUGUACAAGUACCGACACCAGUACCCACAGAACUUCAAAGAUAUCCGAUAUCAAAAUGACUUGAGCAAUCUUCGUUUUUAUAAGAAUAAAAUUCCAUUCAAGCCAGAUGGUGUUUACAUUGAAGAAGUUCUAAGUAAAUGGAAAGGAGAUUAUGAAAAACUGGAGCACAACCACACUUACAUUCAAUGGCUUUUCCCCCUGAGAGAACAAGGCUUGAACUUCUAUGCUAAAGAACUAACUACAUAUGAAAUUGAGGAAUUCAAAAAAACAAAAGAAGCAAUUAGAAGAUUCCUCCUGGCUUAUAAAAUGAUGCUAGAAUUUUUUGGAAUAAAACUGACUGAUAAAACUGGAAAUGUUGCUCGGGCUGUUAACUGGCAGGAAAGAUUUCAGCACCUGAAUGAGUCCCAGCACAACUAUUUAAGAAUCACUCGUAUUCUUAAAAGCCUUGGUGAGCUUGGAUAUGAAAGUUUUAAAUCUCCUCUUGUAAAAUUUAUUCUUCAUGAAGCUCUUGUGGAGAAUACUAUUCCCAAUAUUAAGCAGAGUGCUCUAGAGUAUUUUGUUUAUACAAUUAGAGACAGAAGAGAAAGGAGAAAGCUCCUGCGGUUCGCCCAGAAACACUACACGCCUUCAGAGAACUUUAUCUGGGGACCGCCUCGAAAAGAACAGUCGGAGGGAAGCAAAGCCCAGAAAAUGUCUUCCCCUCUCGCCUCCAGUCAUAACAGUCAAACUUCUAUGCACAAAAAAGCCAAGGACUCCAAAAAUUCCUCCUCAGCUGUUCAUUUAAAUAGCAAAACAGCUGAAGAAAAAAAAGUGGCACCAAAAGAGCCUGUGGAAGAGACAGACAGGCCCAGCCCAGAGCCCAGCAAUGAAGCUGCCAAGCCAAGAAAUACAGAGAAGGACAGUAAUGCUGAGAACAUGAAUUCUCAACCUGAGAAAACAGUUACUACUCCCACAGAAAAAAAGGAGAGUGUAUCUCCUGAGAAUAACGAAGAAGGUGGAAAUGAUAACCAAGACAGUGAAAAUCCUGGAAAUACAAAUUGCCAUGAUGUUGUACUAGUACAGUGAAUUAUCAGAAAACCCAUAAGCCAGUUUAGGCUAGAGAGGAAAAAACUACUGUAUCAUUUAUCCUAAAGAACAGAGACGAGGUCAAUUUCAAAUUUUAGCCAUCUGUUUGUGAUUUCUGUCAUAAGCAUUUUGUUGUUUGUUCUUUUAUUUUGGAUGACAAUGAAUUGAAUAUCUAAUAAGGAGAUUUAAGAUAAGAUCCAAUAAAUGAAUGUAUUCUGUAAUGCUUUUAGGAUGUGAAUUUUCAAAUUUCAUAUAUAAUAAUUACUUUGAGAAUAUUUUCAGAGUAUCUAGAAAUUACCAUGUAGUAUUUGGUAUACAAAAUACAUUCUUUUGAGACAUUAUAGUCUACAUGAAGGAAAUCAAGAGGAUAAUUUCAUUGGAUUGCUACACUUUUACCUGAUUUAUGGAUUUAUUUUACUUUAUUUUAUUAUUAUUUUUUGAGACGGAGUCUCACUCUGUUGCCCAGGCUGGAGUGCAGUGGCAUGAUCUCGGCUCACUGAAACCUCUGCCUCCUGGGCUCAAACGAUUCUCCUGCCUCAGCCUCCUGAGUAGCUGGGAUUACAGGCGUGUGCCACCACGCCUGGCUAAUUUUUGUAUUUUUAGUAGAGACGGGUUUUCACCAUGUUGGUCAGGCUGGUGUCAAACUCCUGACCUCAUGAUCCACCCGCCUCGGCCUCCCAAAGUGCUGGGAUUACAGGCAUGAGCCACCGUGUCUGGCUGAUUAAUUUUUUUUUUAACUGUAAGAGUUUGAUCUUUUCAAAUGUCUUCAGAAACUAAUUUGGAUUCUUUGAUUCUAGUACCUCAACGUGUUUAUUUUUAGAUUCUGAUAAGUGAAAUGGAUGUCCUUGUGGAGCUCUGGCCUCCCCAGCUUAUCUAUCAGUCCUGCUGUCCUCACCUCCUUGCCUCUUUCCAUGCUUACCCUUAAGCCACCAUCUUUCUCAGCUAGCGUGUGUGUUUCUAGUGUAGUUGGCCCUCCAUAUUCAGGGGUCCAGCAUCUGUGGAUUCAACCAACCGCAGAUUGAAAAUAUUUGUUGGAAAAAAUGGAUGGUUACAUCUCUACUAAAUAUGUGCAGUCCUUUUAUUUGUCAUUAUUCCCUAAACAAUACAGUAUAACAACUAUUGACAUAGCAUUUAUAUUGUAUGUAUUAGGUAUUGUAAGUAAUUUAGAGAUGAUUUAAAGUAUUUUACAUAAGGGACUUGAGCAUUCCUAGAUUUUGGUAACUGCAGAGGGCCCUGGAACCAACCCCCUACAGAUAUCAAGGGACCACUGUACACAUUAGGAUGAUCUAUAUUGAAAUCUACAUGGAACAGAGUGGGACUUCUAAUUGUAUGACUUCAAGAUUUUGCUUUGUUUAAAUUAAUAACUGUUUUCAGAAUUAAGUGCUUAAAAACAAAUUUGAUUGAAAAGUUCAAGACAAGAAUUUUGCUCUCUAUGGCUGUUCCAUAUAAAUUUGAUGGUUGAUUCUGAAUGUAAAUGACUGAAGAAUUAAAAAAUAAGAAAUUCCCUUUUAAAA